AUGGCGCUGCCAUCCGUCGAACAACUCUCGGCCGCGGGUGACGAUGUGUUCGCUUCACUUGCAGCAUUGGGUCUGGCAGAGGCCGUGUUCUUUGCCGUUUUUGCGGCGCUGUGUGGCCCCGCACCUCCAAGCUUGCAACUCUUCGGGUUGCUGAGUGGAGAUGCCGUCCGACGCGCGCUGAAACAGACGCAGGCGUCCACGGAGGACCAGAGGCGCCUGGCCCUGCUCUGGCGGAGCGCGCGGCUGCGCCAGGGCCUGCCGGACGAGGACCUGGGCGUUCCAAGCGCGCCCAAAGUUGCGGAUGACGGAAGGUUUCUGGCCGGUCCGCUGGUGGUGGCUCCUUCCUCCAAAAAGGAGGAAAGGCCCAUCCGGCGCCGUGCCGCAGAGCUACUCCAGGCUCUGGAGGGAGACAAGCCGUUGAUCGUGAAAGGUGCCAGCUACACCCACGGCCUCUCGUCACUUCAGGCUGCCUCAGCAGGCGGUGCCGACCUAGCAGUGGAGAUCCCAUUGUCACGGUGGGAUCACUCCGAGUAUUUCGACCCAGAGGGGAGCAUGGGCUUGGGCAUCUAUGCCCGGCAUGGGGCCUUUACAGAGCUUCCAGGUCCUGUUGACCCAGUCUACUUCAAGCUGGGGGAAGAGAAGGCCGCGGAGCUUGACCCGACGCAGCGCGCGUGCUUACAGGAAGCGGCUCGAGCUGUGAAGUCUGCCGGCUUGGGUCGCCAGGCUUUGCAAAAUUCUCCGACUGCGGUCUAUGUGGGCAGCAUGAAUUUCGACUAUUCCAUGACAGCCGCUGGUGUUCGCGAUCGUGGCAACAUGCCGUGGGCGGCCAGCGGCGUCUCGCAAGCUUUGGGCUUGCGCGGGGCCGCCGUGUUCCUGGACACCGGUUGCUCCUCCUCCCUCGUCGCCGCGGACCUGGCGGCCUCAGCUGUGGGCCGUCGCCGGGCAGCGCUGGCGCUGGCGCUGGGCGUGAACUACAUGCUAAGCCCGCUGAUGUUUUUCGCCCGCUCCUCGAUCAACCUGCUUUCCCGCACCGGCCGCUCAGCCCCUUUCGGCACCUCGGCGGAUGGCUACCUCGUCGGCGAAGGUUGCGGAGCGGUGGUUCUGGCACGCGGCCAGUUUGGCCUCGCACGGUGGCGAGCGAGUCAGGUCAUGGAGGACGGACGCUCCGCGCAGCUCACGGCGCCCAGUGGGUGUGAGCCCCGUGGAACGCCCUUUUUCUUCUCAUUUUAG